UGCGGAAGCGGGUCGUUUUCCGCACGCAGCUUUGUUUGCGCCGCGCGUCGUUCGUGUGGACAAAGUUCUGACCCAAAAACAACAAACAUGUACGACCAGGACGAAGAUCCGCAGUACGAUGAAGACGACGACGAGAUCACCCCGGAUCUGUGGCAGGAGGCCUGUUGGAUCGUCAUCAGCUCGUACUUUGAUGAGAAGGGUCUGGUCCGGCAGCAGCUGGACUCGUUCGAUGAGUUCAUCCAGAUGUCUGUUCAGAGGAUCGUGGAGGACGCUCCUCCCAUCGACCUGCAGGCCGAGGCGCAGCACACGUCAGGGGAGGUGGAGGAGCCGCCCCGUUUCCUGCUGAAGUUUGAGCAGAUUUACUUGUCCAAACCGACGCACUGGGAGAGAGACGGAGCUCCAUCUCCCAUGAUGCCCAACGAAGCUCGACUACGCAACCUCACAUACUCGGCUCCUCUGUACGUGGACAUCACUAAAACCAUCAUAAAGGAGGGAGAGGAGCAGCUCCAGACGCAGCACCAGAAAACCUUCAUCGGCAAAAUCCCCAUCAUGCUCCGCUCCACCUACUGCCUCCUGAGCGGACUCACCGACAGAGACCUGUGCGAGCUCAACGAGUGUCCGCUCGACCCCGGGGGGUACUUCAUCAUCAACGGGUCCGAGAAGGUGCUGAUCGCUCAGGAGAAAAUGGCCACCAACACGGUUUACGUUUUCGCCAAGAAAGACUCGAAGUACGCCUACACCGCCGAGUGCCGCUCCUGCCUCGAGAACUCGUCCAGACCCACCAGCACCAUCUGGGUCAGCAUGAUGGCCCGAGGAGGACAGGGAGUGAAGAAGAGCGCGAUCGGUCAGAGGAUCGUGUCCACGCUGCCGUACAUCAGACAGGAAGUGCCCAUCAUCAUCGUGUUCAGAGCUCUGGGCUUCGUGUCCGACAGAGACAUCCUGGAGCACAUCAUCUACGACUUCGACGACCCCGAGAUGAUGGAGAUGGUGAAGCCCUCUCUGGACGAGGCCUUCGUGAUCCAGGAGCAGAACGUGGCUCUGAACUUCAUCGGUUCUCGAGGCGCCAAACCCGGAGUGACCAAAGAGCGCAGGAUCAAGUACGCCAAGGAGGUCCUGCAGAAGGAGAUGCUGCCGCACGUCGGCGUCAGCGACUUCUGUGAGACCAAAAAGGCCUACUUCCUCGGGUACAUGGUACAUCGCCUCCUGCUGGCCGCUCUGGGACGCCGUGAGCUGGACGACAGGGAUCACUAUGGAAACAAGAGGCUGGACCUGGCUGGACCUCUGCUGGCCUUCCUCUUCAGAGGGAUGUUUAAGAAUUUACUGAAGGAGAUUCGAAUCUACGCUCAGAAAUUCAUCGACCGAGGAAAAGACUUCAACCUGGAGCUGGCCAUAAAAACACGCAUCAUUUCAGACGGACUCAAGUAUUCACUGGCCACAGGAAACUGGGGGGACGUGAAGAAAGCGCAUCAGGCCAGAGCCGGAGUAUCACAGGUGUUGAACCGUCUGACCUUCGCCUCCACCUUGUCUCACCUGAGGAGAGUGAACUCCCCGAUCGGACGAGACGGAAAACUGGCCAAACCCCGACAGCUCCACAACACGCUGUGGGGGAUGGUGUGUCCCGCAGAGACGCCCGAGGGUCAUGCUGUGGGUCUGGUGAAGAACUUGGCCCUCAUGGCGUACAUCUCCGUCGGGUCCCAGCCCAGCCCCAUCCUGGAGUUUCUGGAGGAGUGGAGCAUGGAGAACCUGGAGGAGAUCUCGCCCGCCGCCAUCGCAGAUGCCACCAAGAUCUUUGUGAACGGCUGUUGGGUCGGAAUCCACAAGGACCCAGAGCAGCUCAUGAACACGCUGAGGAAACUGAGGAGACAGAUGGACAUCAUCGUAUCAGAGGUGUCCAUGAUCAGAGACAUUCGAGAGCGCGAGAUCCGGAUCUACACGGACGCCGGGCGCAUCUGUCGCCCGCUGCUCAUCGUGGAGAAGCAGAAGCUGUUACUGAAGCGACGCCACAUCGACCAACUCAAAGAGCGAGAAUACAACAACUACAGUUGGCAGGACCUGGUGGCGUCCGGGGUGGUGGAGUACAUCGACACUCUGGAGGAGGAGACGGUGAUGUUGGCCAUGACCCCCGACGACCUCCAGGAGAAGGGCGUGGCCUACUGCUCCACCUACACCCACUGUGAGAUCCACCCGUCCAUGAUCCUGGGAGUGUGCGCCUCCAUCAUCCCCUUCCCCGACCACAACCAGAAACCCCUGGUCACCACCAGGUCCAUGGAGUAUCUGCGCUUCAGAGAGCUGCCAGCAGGCAUUAACGCCAUCGUGGCCAUCGCGUCGUACACCGGAUACAACCAGGAGGACUCUGUCAUCAUGAACCGCUCCGCCGUGGACAGAGGAUUCUUCAGGUCUGUGUUCUAUCGCUCGUACAAAGAGCAGGAGUCAAAAAAAGGAUUCGACCAAGAGGAGAUUUUUGAGAAGCCGACACGAGAAACCUGCCAGGGUAUGAGACACGCGAUCUACGACAAACUGGACGACGACGGGCUGAUCGCUCCGGGCGUGCGCGUCUCCGGGGAGGACGUGAUCAUCGGGAAGACGGUGACUCUCCCCGAGAACGAGGACGAGCUGGACUCCACCAACCGCCGCUACACCAAACGAGACUGCAGCACCUUCCUGCGCACGUCCGAGACCGGCAUCGUGGACCAGGUCAUGGUCACGCUCAACCAGGAGGGCUACAAGUUCUGCAAGAUCAGGGUUCGUUCCGUCAGGAUUCCUCAGAUCGGAGACAAAUUUGCCAGUCGACACGGACAGAAGGGAACCUGCGGGAUCCAGUACAGACAAGAGGACAUGCCGUUCACGUGUGAGGGCAUCACUCCAGACAUCAUCAUCAACCCUCACGCCAUCCCCUCCAGAAUGACUGUGGGCCAUCUGAUCGAGUGUCUGCAGGGGAAGGUGUCGGCGAACAAAGGCGAGAUCGGAGACGCCACGCCGUUCAACGACGCCGUCAACGUGCAGAAAGUGUCCAACCUGCUGUCGGAGUACGGCUACCACCUCCGAGGAAACGAGGUUCUGUACAACGGCUUCACCGGGAGGAAGCUGACGUCUCAGAUCUUCGUCGGUCCCACGUAUUACCAGCGUCUGAAGCACAUGGUGGACGACAAGAUCCACUCCAGAGCCAGAGGCCCGGUCCAGAUCCUCAACAGACAGCCCAUGGAGGGACGAUCCCGUGACGGCGGGCUUCGUUUCGGGGAGAUGGAGAGAGAUUGUCAAAUCGCUCACGGCGCCGCUCAGUUUCUUCGUGAGCGUUUGUUCGAGGCGUCGGAUCCGUACCAGGUCCACGUGUGUAACUUGUGUGGACUCAUGGCCAUCGCCAACACACGGACGCACACCUACGAGUGCAGAGGCUGUCGCAACAAGACACAGGUGUCGUUGGUCCGGAUGCCGUACGCCUGUAAACUUCUGUUCCAGGAGCUCAUGUCCAUGAGCAUCGCUCCUCGGAUGAUGACGUCAUAAACUCACCGGCCAAUCACAGCCCUGGACUCUAGUUUAAGUUUGUUUUUAUUGUUUAUUUUUGAUCCAUGUGAAUAAAACAGUUUUUGAAAUAAUGA